CAGAUUAAGGUCUAGUUUUCCUUUCCCCUUAUAAAAAUCGAGGGCGAACGAUAGAGGGAGAGAGAGUGACGCAGAGGGAGUUUAGGGUUUUAUCAUUCGCGUUCAAUGGAAGAAAUUACAGAGGGAGUGAACAACAUCAACAUAGGCGUAGAGCCUUACAAGAAGAACCGGAUUCAGGUCUCCAACACCAAGAAGCCCUUGUUCUUCUAUGUUAAUCUCGCUAAGAGGUAUAUGCAGCAGUACAAUGAGGUGGAGCUUUCUGCCCUCGGAAUGGCUAUUGCCACAGUUGUCACUGUUGCUGAAAUUCUGAAAAACAACGGAUUGGCUGUUGAAAAGAAGAUCAUGACCUCUACAGUUGAUAUAAAGGAUGAAUCAAGAAUGCGGCCAGUUCAAAAAGCCAAGAUUGAGAUAGUGUUGGGGAAGACUGAAAACUUCGAUGACUUGAUGGCUGCUGCUGCAGAGGAGAAGGAAUUUGGUGUUGCUGAAGAGUAGAGCUAAAAGAAAAAGUAUGGGGAUUUCUUGCAAAUAGUGUUGAAUGGACUUUGUAUUAGUUAACUCUUGAGUUAUUUUGUUGUUUAUUGGGUUAGCUAGUCGUGAAUUUUAUUGUAGAAUCGUAUCAAUCUCUUUCAUUACCAGAUUCUUUGGUUUCUAAUAUCCUCAUUGUUGUUUAACAUUAUGAAUUAUUAUUAUUAUUGUUAUUGAUUUGAGUCUUGUA